AUGUUCUCCUCCAUCCUCCGUACCCUCCGGGGUCCCAACCUUGAAGUCUUCAAGUUCGGAAUGUACAUUCUCUUUCCAAUAGGCUGGAUGUACUACUUCGGCACCAACCUAGAAGACCGCUUCACCGUCGAAAACUUCUGGCCCUCCCAAGAAAACAGCCAUCGAAUACCCUUCGAGCGAGAUGAGAUCCGGGAUGAGGUGAGACGUAUCGCACGGGAGACGAGGGAGAAGGAGAACAGAAGGAGGUUAGAGGAUUUGAAGUUGGGUGGUGGAGCGAUACGAAAGACGGACCGAGAGGUGGAUGGGGGCCUGGAGGAGAAGAGCUAG